AUGGCUGCACUGGUGCGGAAUGACAGUCGUAUCAUCCUCCACUUGGAUUAUGACUGUUUCUAUGCCUCGGUCUUCGAGGUUGAGCAACCUGAACUGAGAUCAUGUCCUUUGGCAGUUCAGCAAAAGCAGAUUGUAGUAACUUGCAAUUACGAAGCCCGACGGCGAGGUCUGCACAAGUUGCAGCUCAUCAAAGAUGCCAAACGCAUCUGUCCCGAUGUAGUAAUCGUUCUGGGUGAAGAUUUGACCAAGUUCCGAAAUGCCUCCAAGGAGCUUUAUCUGCUGGCUCGUUCCUUUGUCUGGGGCGGCCGUGUCGAAAAGCUAGGCUUCGACGAGCUCUUUCUCGACGUCACAGAAAUGAUUGAGUACAACAUUGGCGUGCUAAAUCAAAAUGAUUUGGAGAAUUCGUACUUCCAUCUUGAUCGAAAAGACCCGACCGUUGGCUUUUCUUACGAUGCCACUCGCUUCCAGGGAUCGACCUUCCCCGCAAUUGAGACAGCCUCGGUCGCCCAGAAAGAUUCAACUUCGCUGAAAAUGAGAUUGCGUGUUGCCUCUCAUUUACAGUGUCAUAUACGGAGUAAGAUGGAGCAUCAAAUGGGCUUCACGGCUACGGGCGGGAUCUCAACCUCCAAACUCCUAGCGAAAUUAGUCGGUAAUGUUCACAAGCCCAAUGGCCAAACGACUCUAUUGCCGCCAUACACGGCGACCAAAGAUACUACUAGCAACGUAUUCCAGUUCCUGGACGGUCACGAGAUCAAAAAGAUUCCUGGAAUCGGCUUUCGGAUUGCCCAGAAACUUAUUUCCCAUAUCACAGGGCAAGAGAGCGUCGACGAGAAGAUCACGGUCAAAGAUGUCCGCGAAUUCCCUGGUAUGGGCCCACCCUUACUGGACAGAAUCCUUGGCGGGCCAGGCUCAGUGAAAGGGAUCGGGAUACGCAUGUGGAGCAUCCUCCAUGGUCUAGACAAUUCCGAUGUGCUCGAGGGCCGCGAUGUGCCCACCCAGAUCAGCAUCGAGGAUUCAUAUGGCCGAUUAGAUACGCUCGAGAGUGUAAGACGAGAGCUAGUAGUGUUGUCGCGAAGUCUGAUCCGCCGCGUAAGAGCUGACCUGCUUGAUAUGAGUGAUGAAACUGUCCCCCAAGGAAGAUGGCGUGCUCAUCCUCGCACUCUACGGUUAUCUACCCGACCAAGACCUUCGUUAGACUCUGGUACUACUGGGCGUACAUACAGCUACAAUCGCAUCUCUCGCUCAGCUCCCUUGUCACCCUUUAUCUUCAACCUGGAUGAGAAUAUCGAUGCAUUGGCCGAGCGCCUGGUCCGAGAAAGUCUUUUGUCCAUGUUCCGCAAAUUGCAUCCUGAAAAGGCUGGGUGGAAUCUCAGUUUGUUGAAUGUUGCAGUUACUAACAUGGUGGAGAUGGCGGGGGAUCAGAAGCAAAAGAGCGGACGAGAUAUAGGGAAGAUGUUUCGACAGCAGGAGACAACACUUAAGGAUUGGACUGUGCAGGAGCUCGAGCCCUCACCGUCUGAUGUGCGAUUGUCCGGAGGUUCCUCUGAGGUACAGUCACAGUCGGACGAUGGCUGGGAUGACGAUGAACCCUUGGGGACACGAUCACAGGCCGCAGAGGCCAUUCGACGAGUGACGCCCGUGGACAAUGCCAUCGUUCGUACUCCUUCACAUCAAAUAGACCACCUGUCACAUUUUGAUAUCACUUUCUCCUUACACCAAGACGACAAACGCAUAAAGCUAGAACUCGAGCCCAAUCAUGAUAUCUUGGCAGAGGAUGCUUACGUGCAAUACAUCGGCGCCGACGGCACAAUCAAACGUGCCGAACCAAUCAAACGACACGAACACAAAGUCUUCCAAGGUCGCGCCUUGGUAGGAUCUGGAAAGGGGAGAUGGACGCCUGUAGGCUGGGCAAGAAUCACCGUCAAAAGAGACGGCAUAGAGCCCCUCUUUGAAGGUGCUUUCAGUGUGAACAAUGACAAGCAUCACAUUGAGUUACAGUCGACCUACCUCGACAAGAAGCGCCCGAUCGAUGCCGAUGUCGAGCCCAGAGAGGGGGAAUCGAUGAUUGUCUACCGUGACUCCGACAUGUUUCACUAUACGCACUCUGAGCUCAAGCGUUCCCUUCCCGUAUCCGAAGGCUGCGGCGCAGAUCAACUCGGAUACAAUGCCGAUCUGUCCAAUUCGAUUUUCGGAUACGACUUGGACGAAACUGAUGGUCAGUGGGGUGUGGCCUCGCUGAAUUCAAUGUUUGGAUUGGGUAAGCGACAGUCAUCCUCAGACGUUGGUGGUGUCUCGGGCAACACUGGAGGUGUGAAUCUGAAAUCGACCAUCGGUGAUAUCAGUGGAUGUCCUAAAACAAAGAAAGUCGCCCUGAUUGGAAUUGCAACGGAUUGUGAAUUCACGGAAUCGUUCAUGGCUACCAACUCCACCCCCGAAAAAGCAGCCAGGGACUGGGUCAUCAACGUGGUAAAUACGGCCUCGAAUCUCUAUGAAACAUCUUUUAACGUGUCCAUUGGUUUGCGCAAUCUUACAAUCUCUGAGACGGGCUGCCCCAGCACGGGCUCCACUGCCACGCCAUGGAACGUGGAUUGCAAAGGGGGAAAUGUCACCUGGCGCCUGAAUGAAUUUUCCAAAUGGCGCGCAAGUCAUUCAGACAACAAUGCCUACUGGACUUUGAUGACAAACUGCCCGACAGACAGUGAGGUUGGGGUUUCAUGGAUGGGUCGGCUCUGUUCCUCUGAACUAGUUACCUCUGGUGCGAACUCUGUGACCAGUUCUAACGUCGUAGUUCGCAAUUCCGGUUCUUCCUGGCAAGUGUUUGCCCACGAGACUGGUCACACCUUUGGAGCAGUGCACGACUGCGAUGAGGACACCUGCGCGAGCAAACUAGACGCUUCAUCUCAAUGCUGCCCGCUGAGUUCCUCCACCUGCAAUGCCAAUGCGGAAUACAUCAUGAACCCAUAUGCCCAGAACUCGAUGACCAAGUUUUCAGACUGUACCAUCGGCAACAUCUGCUCUGCCAUAGGCAAAAACAGCAUUAAGUCCUCUUGUUUAUCCGACAACCGCGGCGUCGUGACCAUUAGCGGCAGCCAAUGCGGCAACGGCAUCGUUGAAGAUGACGAGGAGUGCGACUGCGGCGACGAAGAAAGCUGCAGCGACAACUCCUGCUGCGAUGCCAAGACAUGCAAAUUCAAAGAUAAUGCCGUCUGUGACGACUCAAACGACAACUGCUGCGUGAAAUGCCAGUUUGCCUCCGCCAGCACCGUCUGCCGCGCCAGCACUGGCGAAUGCGACAUCGCGGAGACCUGCACCGGAACCUCGAGCUCCUGUCCCGACAACAAAUUCAAAGACGACGGUUCGAGCUGCGGCAACAAGAACGAGGGACUCAGCUGCGCCAGCGGCCAAUGCACAAGCCGCGACUACCAGUGCCGUACGGUAAUAGGCUCCCUGCUGAACACCAACGACACCUGGGCCUGCGAGAACACAAAUAGUCCUUCCUGCAGUCUCGUUUGUGGCGCACCUUCACUCCAACACUCAAUCGGUGUCCAGGAGUGUAUUGGUAUGAACCAGAAUUAUCUCGACGGUACACCCUGCGAAUCGGGCGGCCGCUGUAGUGCUGGACAGUGCAAGGGCUCUUCAGCCCUGGGCUGGAUUCACCAGCACGAGAAGCUGAUUAUCGGCAUCUGUGUCGGUGUUGGCACGUUCAUCCUGCUCGCCAUCUUCUUCUGCAUCUAUAGUCGCUGCAAGCGCAGUGCACAGCUGCGGAAGGCCCGCAAGGCUAUUCCCCCUGGUCCCUAUCGCCGCUACGAUGGCCCCCAGCCGACUGCCCGCCAGCCUAUGGAUCAGUGGCAUGGGUUCCGCAACGCCGGAUAUCAGAAUGUGCCUCCAAAUGCCGAAUAUCAGAAUGCCGGGUAUCAAAAUGCUGGGUACCAAAAUGCCGGGUAUCAAAAUGUGCCUCCCCCUGGGCCCCCGCCACGCUACUCAUGA